AAAAUGUAAUAAAUUAAAUUUUAUUUUAUUCUGUGCAGUUUACUUCCGUGCACAUGAAACGAAUUGCAUAUUCUACAAAGACUAAAACUUAGGCACGCCACAGAGUUCGUAAAGUCGACGGGGACUGUGCAUCUUCUCACGCUGCAACUUAUUGGACUCGUCUUCCGAACACUGUGGAAUUUGGUAACUUUAUUUAUCACUGUGAUUUAAUGUCCAUUAAACAUUUGUUUACGAUUUGCAUGUCCUUAUAUGAUGAGCCUACAGCUACGUGUCCGAAUACAAGAGACUACCUGUUUAUAACUUUGGCCUGGGCAAGAGAAGUAAGAUGUACAGCUUUGGGCUGGGGAAGCGGUCGGGGACUGAAGGUAGGCUGUAUUCUUUCGGCCUCGGUAAACGGGACUACGACGAUUACGCUGAAGAGAAUGAAGACGAAGAUCAAACGAACGGAGAUGAGGAGUUUGAAGACUCUGAUCUGGAUCUUAUGGAGAAACGUGAGAGGCUUUAUUCAUUUGGUUUAGGAAAGAGAGCAAGACCUUACAGUUUCGGACUUGGAAAGCGAAGCCCUUCUUCAGGUAUUCAGCGACUCUAUGGGUUUGGUCUUGGCAAGAGGGGAGGUUCUUUGUACAGUUUUGGACUCGGCAAACGUGCUGAUGGCCGACUAUAUUCUUUCGGACUAGGGAAGAGACCUGUCAAUUCUGGUAGACAAUCUGGGAGUCGUUUCAAUUUUGGCCUUGGAAAAAGAUCUGACAUAGAUUAUAAUGAAUUUGAUGACGAACUUGGGGAGGAAGCAAAGGGAUUUCCCCAAGGACAUAGAUAUUACCUUGGGCUGGGAAAACGAGAGGUGGCUCCCAGUGAACUAGAUGCCAUCAGGAAUGAAGAACGAGAAAAGAUAAAUUAUCGGGAUGAAAGCAGGAAGAACGAGACUGCUGAAGGACACCACUCUGGCGAAAGAGUGAAAAGAAGUCUUCACUACGCUUUCGGCCUCGGCAAACGAGCGUACGAUCUGGAAUCAUCCACAAUUGACACCGAUGAGGAUGACGAGGCACGUAAUGAUUUUGCGAGACUCAUCCGUCGACCCUUCAACUUUGGCCUCGGUAAACGGAUUCCGCUCUACGAUUUCGGCAUAGGAAAACGGUCGGAGCGUUAGAAUUUGACUCUAUUCCUCCCGCCCUCCCCCAUCAGUCCAAACAUCAGCUGAUAAUUUCCUCCUCCUUCCAUGUCUCUUUCAAUAUAAUUACUGACUCUAAGUGUACAGAAAAUAAACAAGUAUAAUGCUUUCAAAACCUACAACUCGAAAGCGUUUAUGCAAUUCGCCAUCAAGAGUGAAAUUGUUCCAGUCACUCUGAACAGGCCAAAUACCUAAUUAUUUAUUUUUUUGUUAUAUAAUUAAAUGCAAUUGUAAGUAAUGGUAUAAGAAAUUUGUGUUACCUUCUUAAUGUAUCCCUGAGUGUGCAAUAUACCACGAUUUACUCUGUUGUUUAAAUGCUAGGAUACAAAGUUAACAGACCGAUACGAGGUGAUUCUCAUCAACCAGUUUAAUUAAGGAGCUUUGAAAAACCCCCAAAAGGAAGAUGACAGUACAUGAGAAAAUUUUAGAAUACAUUGAUUACAACGGGAUGUCACAAAUUUAAAAUGUAAUAAAUUAAAUUUUAUUUUAUUCUGUGCAGUUUACUUCCGUGCACAUGAAACGAAUUGCAUAUUCUACAAAGACUAAAACUUAGGCACGCCACAGAGUUCGUAAAGUCGACGGGGACUGUGCAUCUUCUCACGCUGCAACUUAUUGGACUCGUCUUCCGAACACUGUGGAAUUUGGUAACUUUAUUUAUCACUGUGAUUUAAUGUCCAUUAAACAUUUGUUUACGAUUUGCAUGUCCUUAUAUGAUCAGUAUAAAUUCCCCCCUCCCCCCCCCGAAGUCCGGCAGUUCUGACACAGAAGAGAAAUUCUUUUCCUUCAAACUUUUGAUGUUUUAAAAUAAAAUUGGUCACAAUUCACAAAUUAAGAAACUGGACUGGCAUUUUUCAAACGUAGUUUAUAUUACAGUCACUUCAAUCAGAUGUGAACUGAAAUAUUGCUCGUUCCUUAAGAGAGAAUCUGCAUAAAGAAUCAGGGAUCACACGACUGGGUGUGUAUGAAAUCCGCAAUAACCAACAAUCAGAACAUCUACGAAUAUUACUCUUCAGAUAUUUAAACGUUCUCUUAAAAUUGGCUGUUCUGCGGUAUCUGAAUUAUGUUUACUUUAUUUUUAAGUUAGAUUUAAGAAUUGAAAUGUAAUAACAGUUUUUACGAAUAAUUAGCAAUGAAAUGAAUCAUUAAAUUACAUUUUGUAAUGAAGACGACUGAUGCACUUCAAAGAUGAACAAACGUGUAUGUAUAUAUAGUAUAAGAUAGGAAUAAAAGUUAUGUAGUAAUUGAGAGACCAAGUGUGUCUGAUUCACGACACCUAAUGUUUUAAUGAAUAGAUGUCUCACCGCGCCGGUCUAAUCAGUUCCAAAUCAUUUCUUCUUCUACAGAUCAAUACACAGUGUGAUGUCAUGGAUUUCUGCCUGAUUCGAGUGGGCUAAUAGCUUGACAAGUGGACGAACAUAUAGCAUUAAUAUCAAAAGGCCUAAUUAGAAAAACGGGAUUUGUGAAUUGUUACGCUGCAAAUGAUAUAUAUUUUGAUUUGACGUUAUUAUUUAUGUUUUUUAAACAGCUAUAAUUUGGUAAAUAAAAAUGAGUUAAAAAUAAUAUCCUUGAUGGAAAUAUCUUAAUUUUAAUAACGUUGAAAUUAAAGUAAUGACAUCUGUAAAAUGUAGAAUAAUGGAAACGCUGUAAUUUGUCCAACUUUUCUGAAGAAAGAACAAACAAAAAUGACUACAGAAUUGACACACUUAUGAUUAAUAAUGCAAUUUAGCUUAAAAUUCUCGUGUACGUUUCCACGUGUAUGGAAAUACAAUGCCAUCUGUGAUUGACCAAAUUAAUACAAAAGACAUAGCGCAGUGAAUAUCUGAAUAAUAACGCUGAGCCUACUAUUGAAAGAACAUGUAAUAAAAAUACUCUGUAUCCAUGGCAGCACUAAACAGCUGAAUCAUUAAAGUGAAUACAAACGCUUUCAAGAAACAACUGAGACACGAUACAGUAUGGUAUAAAUUUCAUUAUGUACCUUAAAUGUGUAUAUUAAAUUAAUGUAAUAUAUAAUUUUAAAAAUAUAUUGGAACAAACCUAAAGUAUGUUUAAUAAAGAAUCUAUGUUUUGUGCAAGCUUGUCUGAGUAGUGGUAGAAUCAAAGGUCGCACUUCGGAAUGUGUGAAUGAAAUUGACUUAUUCUUUUUGAAAUUAUUUUAAAUUAUUGUGCUUGGAAUUGUUACCAGAAUAUAAUAUUGGAUAUAAA